CUGUUGGGGUGGAGGUUCGGAGUCCAGACCAGGGCUCUGGGAGCCUGGCUCCAAAGAGGGCUGGCUUUGGGGCCUUAUUUUCGUUACACUUCCUUAGAGCCCUUGUUUAGACUUUAGAGGGUUGGAAGGAGGCUUGUCCCCUCCACUACCACCACCACUGGGGAGGGAAGGCCAGGAGUGCCUGCCUGCAUCCAGUUUUUAGCUAGCCAGGCCCCAGGGCAGUGUCAUUGAGACCCCACUCUGUCACCUUUUUGGGAGAUCUGCCCAGGGCUCAGAGAUUUUUUCUGGACAAGAGGGAAUGAGGCCUUGCGGGAGGACUUCUCAAGGGGCACUUCCUUCUGUGUUUUCUCUCCAGGUAGAGGCAGAACCAGGUCAGGCCUGGACUUGUAGACCAGGAAAGCAAGGGAUGGGGGUAGGGACUGGACACAGCUUGAGGGGCUGGAGCUCAGGGCAGCUCAAUGUAUCCUGUCUCCUGUGGCCUGUGUAUACACGUCUCACCCCAGUGCAGGGGGCCUGGACCUCCUUGGCUAGAAAGUCGGGGGCAGCCUGGGGCAAAAAGGAAAUCUAGAGUCCCCCAAAGUUGGACAUUUAGGGGGAUUAUGUGCUCCUCCCUUCCAGAUUCUUGUAGCUCCUUUUCCAAGACCCUCCCCCAGGAGGGUGUCAUUCCAGGACAUCCUUCUGCGGUCUUGUGGAUCCCUGCUCACCCUUUGGGCAGGGGACGGACAGAUGUAACUUCUAGGAACAGGCUCACCGGCUCCGGCGGCCCAGUGGGCUCAGGCCCAGAGCCCAGAGCAACCAGCACAAUAGCGUCCAACAGCUGGAAUGCCAGCAGCAGCCCCGGGGAGGCCCGGGAGGAUGGGCCUGAGGGCCUGGACAAGGGGCUGGACAACGACGCAGAGGGCGUGUGGAGCCCCGACAUCGAGCAGAGCUUCCAGGAGGCCCUGGCCAUCUACCCACCCUGCGGCCGCCGCAAGAUCAUCCUGUCAGACGAGGGCAAGAUGUACGGUCGAAAUGAGCUGAUUGCACGCUACAUUAAACUGAGGACCGGGAAGACUCGGACAAGAAAACAGGUGUCCAGCCACAUACAGGUUCUAGCUCGGAAGAAGGUGCGGGAGUACCAGGUUGGCAUCAAGGUCUCUAGCCACUUGCAGGUUCUAGCCAGGCGGAAAUCUCGAGAGAUUCAGUCCAAGCUAAAGGCCAUGAACCUGGACCAGGUCUCCAAGGACAAAGCCCUCCAGAGCAUGGCCUCCAUGUCAUCCGCCCAGAUUGUCUCCGCCAGCGUCCUACAGAACAAGUUCAGCCCACCCUCCCCUCUGCCCCAAGCCGUCUUCUCCACUUCCUCACGGUUCUGGAGCAACCCCCCUCUCCUGGGACAGCAGCCUGGACCCUCUCAGGACAUCAAGCCCUUUGCACAGCCAGCCUACCCCAUCCAGCCACCCCUGCCGCCGACGCUCAGCAGUUACGAGCCCCUGACCCCGCUCCCCCCAGCUGCUGCCUCCGUGCCCGUGUGGCAGGACCGCACCAUCGCCUCCUCCCGGCUGCGGCUCCUUGAAUAUUCCGCCUUCAUGGAGGUGCAGCGAGACCCCGACACGUACAGCAAACACCUCUUCGUGCACAUCGGCCAGACAAACCCCGCCUUCUCCGACCCGCCGCUGGAGGCUGUCGAUGUGCGACAGAUCUAUGACAAGUUCCCCGAGAAGAAAGGUGGACUGAAGGAACUCUAUGAGAAGGGGCCCUCUAACGCCUUCUUCCUCGUUAAGUUCUGGGCGGACCUCAACAGCACCAUCCAGGAGGGCCCCGGAGCCUUCUAUGGGGUCAGCUCUCAGUACAGCUCGGCCGACAGCAUGACCAUCAGCGUCUCCACCAAGGUGUGCUCCUUUGGCAAGCAGGUGGUGGAGAAGGUAGAGACGGAGUACGCCAGGCUGGAGAACGGCCGCUUCGUGUACCGCAUCCAUCGCUCCCCCAUGUGCGAGUACAUGAUCAAUUUCAUCCACAAGCUGAAGCACCUGCCGGAGAAGUACAUGAUGAACAGCGUGCUGGAGAAUUUCACCAUCCUGCAGGUGGUCACCAGCCGGGACUCCCAGGAGACCCUGCUCGUCAUUGCUUUCGUCUUCGAAGUCUCCACCAGCGAGCAUGGGGCCCAGCACCAUGUCUACAAGCUCGUCAAAGACUAGGCCACUCUUGGCCCCAGUACCAGGAUCCAGGACAAGCAUCUUUUCCACACACCUGCCUGGCCCCCCACCCCCACCCAACUCCCACCUCCAGAGGUCUAGGAUUGAGGACUCAUCCUGCCUACCAGGCCUCAGGCCCAGGACCCAGGAGGCCUCCCCACCUGCCACCCAGCACACAUACUCCCUGCCACUGUUCUGCGCUUUAAUUGUGGGAGAAGAGAGGAGGGCUCUGUGGUGGGGCAGCCCGCUCCGGAUGCUGAACCAUCACCCAGCUCUGCCCAGCCUCCAAUGAGCGGGCUCCAACCCCUUCGGGCUCAGGCAUGUGUGGCCGGCAGGGGAGGGUAGAAUGGAGAUCAAGGGGGUCAGAGUGCAGAGGCUCCAGGAAGGAGAGUGUUGAGUUGGGGCUAUGGUGAGAAGAUGAGAGAGGGGCCCACACCUUCUUGUACCUGCAGUGUGCCUGGCCCUGUUCUCAGACCCUGCAAGGUGAGCAUGGGUCUGGAUGUCUCAUGUGAUGGGCUGAGACUCCGAGAAGUUGAGAGACCCGUGCAAGGGGGGCAGAGUUGGAAUUCUUACCCGGGGCUGCCUGUCCCCAGAGCCCAGGUAUACACUACCUCCCUGGAGUGGGAGAGCAGCCACAGGGGGUGAGAGACAGGGUCUAUACAGGGGGCUGGAGCCAGCCAGGUUGGGGGGCACCUUUCAGGGGAGCAGCUGCUUCUGACCAGCAGGAAAAGAGGAGCAGCAGGUACUUGGCACCUGUUAGGUGCCCUCUGUCAGCCCAUAGUGUGGCCAGGGCCUCAGGAGCCCCUAUGCGGACCUCCUCCAAGCUGCCCCAGCGCACAUCUGGGACCUGAGCCCCUCAGCACCUUCCUGACCAGAGAAGGCCCCCAGGGGCAGGCUCCAAAAUAGCUCGGCGGGUCAAGUAGGAAGCUGGAGUCCCCGCCUAUGGGCAGACCAGCGUUCCAGGGACAAGGGGUAGCAGGAGGAUUUGGUAUUUUCAGAUGGCCAAGACAUGGAUUUGGUGAACCCUCGGUGCGUUCACUCCCUUACGUUUCUCUCCACCUCCAGUUUCCCAGGCCUGGAGCAGCAGCUCCCCAGACCCAGUUUUGGGACUGAAGGUUCACCCUUUCCCUGCUGCCCCUCUCCAACACCCAGGCUCCUCAGCCGGCCUGGCCUGUCUACCAGCCGCCUCUGGGCAUUUACGAGUUUCAUAUGAAGUACUGUGCCCCUUCCCUUCCUUACAUGGCCUGCCCCUGAGCUUCCUGAAGGUCCUCACAGUUUGCAUAUCGCUCAGGCCACUUCCAACCCCAACCUAGGUUUUAUAAUGUAUAUUAUAUUUUUUUGUGUAUUUUUUAAAUCCAGCUGUGAUGGGUUAUAUCGUAAACAUGGCACAGGGCUGGGGCAGGGGUCCUCAAGGUCCGGCUCCUGCUCCAAAAAAAAAAAAAAGAAAAAGAAAAAAAAUUAAAGUUAUUUGUUUGUGGGUUA